GGUUUGGAUGCGGAGUGGUUGAAUUCGGGGAGGAGUUAUGGAGGAAGGUAUGAAGAAGGUAGAAGGGGGGGUUUUGAAUGUCAGCGGAUUCUCUCCGGCGUCUUCGACUCCGGUGUUCUGGAAAUCCAGGAGGAGAUCAGUGAAUGUGGCUGCAGUUAGGAAUAUAGAUAAGGCAGUAGAUGGUCUGGCUGCAGAUAAAACCGUCGAGAAGCAGCCGACAUCUGAUGCCUCUCCUGCUGAUAAAUCCCUGGAAAAUCUCGAGAAUGCAUCGGCAGAGGAAAUGCAGCUAGAGCCAAACAGCCUGCCCAAUCUCUCCGAGAAGCGCAAGGCUUUGUUUGAGCCACUGGAGCCGGUCACUAAUGUAAAUGGUAAACGUCCGUCAGCAGAGUCGCUGCUCCCACCUCCCGACUUCGAGUCAGCUAGCUACCCGCGAGGUUGGCUUAUUGGGAAGAAGCGGAAGCUCGUCAAUGUGGAUGUUGUCGAGAGUAUGCGCAGAAUUGCCGUACAAGAAAUGAACCGAAAGGACAGAGAAAUUGAUGGGCUGAACGAGCAACUGGAGGAGGACGCGCGAUGCCUGGAGCACCUUCAAAUUCAGCUGCUGGAAGAGCGGAGCAAACGGGCCGAGGUGGAGAGACAGAACAACGUGCUCCAAAAUCAAAUAACGAUGCUUAUGGACAUGUUGCAGGAGAACGAUGCAGUCGAGGAUGACGAGGAGGAAGAGGAUCAAGGGCCUUGAAGGUUUUUUUCCUUUUAUCCCAUUCUUCGCUGCUCGAUCUUUCUUCUUGAUCUAUAUAUGCCUUCAUUUUUUUUGCAUGUGUGUGAUAAGGUAAAAAAGUAUUUGAACGUAAAAAAUGAGUCGAGAACGGACUUAACACGUAUGGUUAGUAUUCGUUGCGAUUGUGAUCUGGUUCGAUGUUCCUCUGCUCGAUUAUGAUGUGAUCAUAGCGAGAGAGGGAUGUCGAAUAGAUAUGUAUAAAUAACUUAGCUUUUGUUUAUAUAUUGGUUGAUAAUCGAUGCCCC